CACACCGGACCCGAUACUAGGCAGGACACACUUCUCGCAGCCAUGGCCCCCAAGUUCGAUCCCAACGAAAUUAAGAUCAUCAAGCUCCGUGCGACUGGGGGUGAAGUUGGUUCUUCCUCUGCCCUCGCACCCAAAAUCGGUCCUCUCGGUCUGUCACCGAAGAAGGUCGGGGAAGAUAUCGCGAAGGCUACGGGUGCAUGGAAGGGUCUGCGGGUGACUGUCCAGCUCACCAUUCAAAAUCGGCAAGCCGCCGUUUCUGUCGUUCCUUCCGCAUCCUCCCUUGUCAUUAAGGCUUUGAAGGAGCCUCCCCGUGACCGGAAAAAAGAGAAGAACAUCAAGCACUCCGGCAACAUCCCCCUCGACGAAAUCUUUGACAUCGCACGGACAAUGCGGUCGAAGUCCUUGGCGAAGGACCUGGCUGGUGUUACGAAGGAGAUCUUGGGUACGGCGCAGAGUGUUGGAUGCACGGUUGACGGCCAACCUCCACACGAUAUUAUCGACGGUAUCAACUCGGGAGAGAUCGAGGUACCAGAUGAGUAGAUGUUCGGGUCAUUGUCUUUUCCAUGUUGUGCAUUAUAUAUCAUCGGGCCUCAUCCGUCGCCUUGAGUGUUUAUGACUGUACCUCAGGACGUAUGCAGGUCAUGUUCGCCGAGGCAAGUCAUGUUGUUACUCUCAAGGCCCUAUGCUGUGGCCUAGUACACGCGUCAUGUUGUGCGAUAACACCGCUAGACGUCCGGCCAAUGUACUGUCUUCGCAGA